AUGCGACCGCUCGAUGACCCCGACUUUAUCUGGCCCGAGCUGGAAGCUAUCAUUAAAGCCCAUAAGGCAAUGGAAGAACCACCUACCCCCGCGAUCUUACACGACGACGACAUCCUCACGGUCAUACGAGUCAUGCUGGCAGAAAGCCGCCUGGCUGAGACUGAAUGGGAUUACCUUCACCCUGUCGUACAGGAAAACCUCAAUCAACCGCAAACCCAAGCGUUGGGUGGUACGUCGACUAUGUUUGCUUUCACCGGACUAGAUCCAACGAUACCGUUAAACAUCAUUGCUGGAAGCAUCAACAGGAAGUUGUAUGCAGACAGCAUGACUGAAAUCAACUGGGAACGACAAAACAUCACGAUUGCUAUGAAUGCCCUAAGACAAAGCUUACAAGAGAUUCAUUCCAAGUUCUAG